AUGACAAACCCAAACUCAACCGCGACAUCCCACUUCCACUUCGACUUCAAAACAGUAACCGGCAUAUUCCUCCAGGACGAAGGAUCCACGAACCCCGAUACAUUCGACUAUGCCUCCUCAAACUUCGGCCUGAUCAACCGCUCCUACCCCUCCGACCCCCAAGACGAAACCCCAAACCCGUCAACCCAAUGGCCCCGCCUCGCAGAAUACAUAACGCACCUGAACACCACCGCGUCCGCAGAAACCACAUACAAGCUCCUCUUCCUCGGCCGCCACGGCCAGGGCGUCCACAAUGUCGCUGAGAGCCGCUACGGGACUGCGCUGUGGGAUUGCCGCUACUCCCUCCUAAACGGCGACGAACACGGAGACUGGUUCGACGCGCGCCUCACGGACCUCGGGGUAUCGCAGGCGCGCACGGCGCACGAGGCAUGGAAACGGCAGAUCAAGAAUGGCAUCCCGCGCCCCCAGACUUACUACGUCAGUCCGCUCAUGCGGUGCUGCGAGACGGCAAGGGUUACGUUUGAGGAUGUGGGGUUUCCCGGCACGCAGAAGGGGGAGUUUAGGCCGCUUGUUAAGGAGCUCCUCCGCGAAACCCUCGGACUGCAUACCUGCGACGCACGCUCACCGAGAUCCGUCAUCGCGGCUGCGUAUCCGACUUACUUGUUUGAGCCGGGCUUCAGCGAGGAGGAUCCCUUGCAUAAGGCGGAUCUGCGGGAGAGCGACUCCGCGCGGGAUGCGCGGUUCUUUGAGUUCCUUUCUGAUGUCUUUGCGAAUGAUGAACACUCGGUCCUUUCGAUGACGGCGCAUUCGGGGGCUAUUACAAGUAUUUUGAACGUGGUCGGGCAUCGACGGUUUGCAUUGGAAACGGGAGGUGUUAUUCCGGUGCUUGUUAAGGCCGAGAGAAGAGCUGGGCCGCCGCCGGAGAGGGUUGUUGAGCCUUGGUUUGGAAGGCCCUUGUGUCCUGGGGAGGGAUGUGUGAAGAAUUAG